AAUAUAUAGGCUAUGUCCAUCUAUAUAUUAUAGUAUAUGUGAUUAGAGUUUUGUACGGACAGUACUGUACGUCUCGGGCGAAAUUGUCUAGUGGAAAUUGCGAGUCAGGUACGUUCUACAACACGAGAAGCUGUUUUAUUCAGUACGAAAUAUCGACAGUAUGUCUUCGCCAGAAAACGAGGGGAAUUGUGAACCGGCUACUAUCAUAAAUCAGGAUUCAACUGGAAUAAAGGAUAAAGAAAUAAUCACUAUACUUUGUUCACCGAACGAUGUAGCGCAUGAAGAAGAAACAGAAAAUGGUGAAUCGAUUCUUCAGACCACAGAGCAACAAGAUGAAAAUACCGACGAAAGUGAUAAAACCUCUGCAAAAAUACCAGAUGUGGCGUCGACUGAUACCGAAAACAGUUUGGCCGAAGUCAGCUCGACCGAAGUCAGAACAAAUGGGGACGAAGAACAAUUGCCAAAAACAGAUUCCAGAUGUACAUCAUUGGAAAUGAAACAGGUGGAUGACCAGGAUAAAGUUAUAUGCGCAACAUUUGAGAAAACAAAUGGCAGAACCAAAGAUUUUAUGUUAUAUUCUGGAAGAAAAACUUGUAAUACUCCAGGUUUACUCUUCCGAAAUAUUGAUCCGAAAAGCCAGCUUUAUGGUAUAAUAAGGCCACAGGAUCAGUUAAUAAAGGUCAAUGAUCAAUAUGUCAAAAACUCAGAUAUCCAUUCAGUGAACCACCUCCUUGAUAAUCUAUCUGGAAGUGUCACACUUGAAGUACAAAGGAAGAACUCAAAGCAAGUGUUGAAAGAAAUUGAUUCAAAUGUUAAACCUUUUCCUGGAAAGAACAUAGAAAUGAAAACGAAAAGAGACAGCAUACAGCGUAUCCGAGCAAAAAUAAAAAGCAAGAUGCCAGAGAAGAGCAUCGAUGAUGUAGACGAUGUAAUGGAAAUGGCAGAGAUAUUCAAACUCCUAAAAAUUGACUACGACCGAAGAAAAUUGAAUCUUGAAAAAAUGAAGAAACAAGCAAAGGAAGUGUUAGAAGAACAAAGUUCUGGUAGUGGGAAAUAUUUAAAGGGCACAACGGGAUUCGGUGUAAUAGCGAAUGCUAAAGAGGACGAUAAUUUGAAAAGAAAAAAAUUGAAACAAAUGUAUUUCGAUGUUGCAACUUGUUUACAAGACUUGGAUGAAGAUGCGCUCGUCAUAAUGAAUUCCUACUAUUCUGGAGGAGGUGUUUUUGCUUCCUUAAGCGAACAGAUAGGUCGUUUAGGAAAACGAGAUUAUAAUCUUCUUAUUGCAGGUGAAAGUAGUGCUGGGAAAAGCAGUUUGCUGAAUCUUAUCCUCGGAGAAGAGCUUCUUCCCCACCAUGUUUUGUGCACCACUUCAGCAAUAUGCGAACUGAAAUUUGGAAAAGAAAGAAAACUGGUCACUCACUAUAAAUACGACGAUAACUGGCAACAGAGGCCUCCACCUAGAACUUUGUAUUUGAAAACCAAGGAAGAAUGUGGGGAAAGUUACCAAGAGCAAAUCGCUCCAUUUGUGUACUUGGAGCAAACUGAGCGUGAAAAAGGAUCUAGCUGUGAAAAAGUCGAAAUCUUCUGGCCGCAUGAAUUACUUGAGGAAGGUAUUGUAAUCAUCGAUACUCCAGGCCUGGGUGAAUCCGACGUGAUGGAUAACGUGUUGAUGAAUUAUCUUCCAAAUGCUUUCGCAUUUAUUUACGUCAUCGAUGUGUCUCACGCUGGCGGAGUACAAAGGGAUAUAAAAGGAAAGCUAAUGGAAAUCUUAGAAAGAUUACGUAAAUUUGAAGGCCACAAUGAGACGUUCAACCGUUUAGCUGAAUGUUCACUUUUUGUCUGCAAUAAAUGGGACCAAGUUCAGGAAACUCAAAAAGCGGAAGUGAAGAAAUACGUUUCCGACAAGCUGAGCGACUUCUGGCAAAAUGAAAAUUUGUAUCAUCAAAUUGUAUGCAUUUCCACAACCCAAGCCAUCAAAGUGCAACAAUAUGGCGGAGUCACAACAGAAUUCAAUCACUUACUUGAAAGCAUUGAGAGGAUGAUCUUAAGGACAAUAAAUACCAGACUGUACAACCACUGGAAGUGGUUGGAUUUGGCACUUCGGUACAUCAACAGAGUUGCCAGCACUUUCAACCAAAAGAUAAUCUUCACUAGCCAAACAAAUCGUCAACGAAUGGACUCGAUCGAAAGGCGUAUGAAAAAAAUCGCAGGUCACGAGCAAUCUUUACAAGAAGAUAUAAAAGCGCGUAUCGCCCAAAAAACCAAAUAUCUUGAUUACAAACUGGAAGAAUAUAUCUAUUCGCCAGAGUUCCAGCAAACCUUCUGCGACUGGUCUAAAUGUUCAUAUCCCCAUAUUGAAAAUUCAUGGGCCAAGACAAAAAGUAAUAUUGUAAAAGCUGUCCAAUACAGAUUUGAAGAAUUGAUGCUUGAAUGGGAGCGAAAAAACCAAGUCUACUCAGAUAUUCAUCGAGAAAUUGUGGAUGAAUUUCUUGCAAGGUUGAAUGUGAUCAAAGAGGAGCUUGAGUGUGCUGAAAAGGAUUUGUAUGAAACAAAACUUCAUGAUGAGAAUAAAAGUAAAUUAUUCACACCAGCCAGGCUUUUUGUCGGAGCAAUAUCUCCUCUUUGGGUUCCUGUCGGCGUAGCAGGUUUCAUCAUCGGUAUUCCUGUCUUUGGAGCGUUCGCAAUUCAAUACAAAGUCUCUCAAAAACUUAAACUCGGCGAAUAUAUAGAAAACCCGCGUGCUUAUCUGGAGAGAAGAUCCAACAAGUUCCUGAAAUCCGUAAAAGAAGAUGGGGUGCUUAAAUACGCCGAAGAGCAGAUGGCGAACACGGCAACCUUAAUGAGAAAAUAUACAAGUGCAAUUCCGAAGCUCCUUGAAGCCGAUCGAAAAAUGGUUUCCAAAUUGUUGAGUGAAAGACGAAGCAAGGAAAAACUAACCGAACAGUAUACUCCGAUCAUUCAGAGAAGCAUGGAAUUGAGAGAAUAUAUCAUACCAGCCCUGGGAAUUGAACUUUACCCAGCAACAGUCGAUGAAUGUCACCUGGAAUGGAAAAAGGACGAGGACUCGUGUCUUGGAGAAGGAAAGUUUUCCACGGUGUACAGUGGUAAGCUCAGAAAUGGCGGAAUAGAUAGAGAACGAGAUCCGAAUAAUGAUUUGGAAGUUGCGGUGAAAGUAUUCAAAAAGCCAUUUGAUAAUCUAAAUUCAAGAUUUUACUUGUAUGAAGAAGUGACGAUUAGGUAUUUAAAGCACGAAAAUGUGGUCAACGUUUUUGGAACAGCGCAGGUGAAUAUUUCGCACUAUGUUAAUGAUUACACGUUUAUAUUCGUGAUGGAAUUAUGCAAGGAGAACCUCAGAAGUUUCAUUCAAAAAGACGAGAGAAAAACGCCAGCAGAAUCUUCGACAAUCAACCAAGCAAUUCAGACGUUUUUAAAAUGGGCGAAAGAGAUUGCAAGAGGGUUAAACUACAUCCAUGAGAUAGGCCUCGUUCAUAGACACUUAAAGCUGGAAAAUAUUUUGGUGGAUGAACAGGGUACAGCAAAGAUAUCCGAUAUUGGGAUUUUGGGCCAGCUUUCGGAAACUGAGGUAAGCAUGCCUUAUCUUGCACCUGAGGUACUGGAAGACCUCACGAAUCGCACAAAACAAGCAGAUAUCUACAGCUAUGGUAUCAUGUUGUGGGAGAUGUGGUAUGGCACCCAGGCGUUCAAAGAACUUAUGCCCAUCGACAAGGUGACGUUCAAAGAAAAAAUAGCUGGUAAUUAUCGUCCAAAGGUCGAUCACACAACGAUCAACAUCCCAGCAAUACAUGAUGUCAUGAAGAAGUGCUGGAAGACUGAGAUAAAGGAAAGGUAUUCUGCUAAAGAAUGCUACGAGAUAUUUCAGGAAUUAGUGGAAAAAAGAGUCAGCAAACUUUUAAGCUAAACCUCGUUCGAUUCAUCCGAUUUAGAGUUGGUUCUCUGAAGACUGAAUAGCUUAAAAUUUAUUACAAACUUUAUUAUUGUCAAAAGAAGCACUAACUAGAAUGCGUAUUCAUUGUAGCAUAGCUCUUACACGCUGAAGAAUGCAGAUAUGUAUCGGAAAGUAGAGAAUUUGUUGAUGAACGUAGUGAACAUGAAGUAUUUAGAGCUACACGUAUACUGAAACAUUGCAUGCCACAAUAUUUAUUUGAUAGAUCUUCACGGUGAUACUGGUUGUUUCGUCUUAAGAAUUUUUGGACGGAAAUUGCACGUAGCGUACACUGUGUGGUUAUACUUAAUCAAUUAAUCAUGGAUGUAAAAUAUAGUUGAAAUAGGUAAUAGUAUAAGUAAAAAAGGAAAUAAGCAUCGAAAACAGUUGAGAACAAGCAGAGGUAAAAUUAUCCGUAAAAAUUUGCACUCUUUCUUACAACGUGUGAAAUCAGUGACCCACGCAAAACUGUCUGGAGCAUCACUAGUUAGCCAUCGUAGCCGAGUGACAAAAAAUUUUUCACAGCGCACUAGAGCCAAGUCUCCUUAAAAGCACGCCGCUAUGAAUGAUAUUUUGCUCAAUAGACAAUUUGGACACCCUUUAGGAAAGCUCGUCACUUGGCUAUAGAGCCUCGCUUAGGACUGUAGGAUUCGAGUAAUCUUGUAAAAACCAAUAAAUACCUUUACUUUUAUUACGCCUCUUACAGACGAGCAAGUU